UAAAUCAAAAUGGCGGGAGAAAGGAGAGAAGGGGAACUUCUUUUUCCAGAAAAAAAACAAGAAUUGAACACAAGUCUCUGAAAAGUCAUUUCUAUAUCGAUAUCAUGCAAACUAUUCCUGAACACGACAAAUCUGUUAUUAAAGAAGCCUUCUAUAUAGCUGAUGAAGAAAACAAGGGUUAUUUAAACUCCUUUGACUUCAAAGUAGCCAUGGUAUGCCUUUUUGGCUACAAGCCCUCUUCAUUUGAGGUUGCAGAAAUCCUGUCUAAAAUUGACAAGUCACACUGUCCAGGGAUCAACAUGGAGUUAUUCAUGCAAAUAGCUUCAAGUAAAAUGAAGGCACAAGAUCAUGAUGAUCAAAUAAGAGAGAUAUUUCGAGCAUUUGACAUGGAAUGUAGAGGAUUCAUAACUCUUGAUAAUGUAAAAAAAAUAUUUUAUCAGGUAGCUCCAUUCAUGGAUACAGUAAAUGUAGAGAAGGUGUUUAGAGAAAUUGAUGGUGACAAAGAUGGCCGUGUUAGUUAUAAAGACUUUGAAUUUAUGAUGAAGUAUACAGUCGACAACAAUAGUUAAUGUCUAGUAGUUGACUAGGUACAACUCCAGACAUAACCUACUUCAAACAGAAACAGUUAAGUACAGUGUAUCUUUGGGUAUUCAGCUAGUUGAGGAUAAGGAAGCAUGAAAUUCUUCAAACAGGAAUAGUGGAGUAGAGUAACUUUUUUAUUCAGCUAAUUAAGGAUGAAAAUGCAGGUUGUUUACAUAGCCAAACAAAAACAACAAAAGUAUCAAAUUUGGAUCUAUGUUGUGAAAUUCCAGAGGCUUGCAGUCAUCCCAAAUUAUCUUACUCUGGAUUAUACUGGAUGUUAUCAGAUACCUCCCUAUACAAUGGUGCACAAGGCAAGAUACCCAAAGUAAUUGGAAAGGUAACUUGUAGAUAGUUUUAAUGGAGAUGAUAUUUCACUUUUCUCCACCUCCCAAUAGACCCUAAUUUGUCAAUCUUGGAGCAAUGUUUUCCCAUUUCAGACCAUUACAAUGCUAGGCACUACCUUUUUUAAAUACUAGGCAAAGGGUUAAUAAGUCUAUCAAUCCAAUAGCCCAGUAAAGUAAUCUACUAGCCCAGAUCUUUAGUAAUUCAAAAACCUCUCUAGCCUAUGGACUAGUGAGUCUUGAUUUUUACUAUUCUGGAGCACAGAUUUACUAGUCCAAGACUAGUGCACUAGUGUUAGUGUAGAGCACUGGAUCAUAUAACUUUGUACCAUGUUUACAGCACAGCUCGUGGGGAUGUUAACAUAUCCAUGCAUGAUUUCCGCAUGCAGUGGCGUGUAUUCCUAUGAGUAUAAAAACCUUAGUUUGUACCCAUGUUAUCUCAUUCAUCUAGAGAGGCACUUAUGCCCAUAGAAAUGAGUGGUUUUUGUGAUUACUCGAGCACUACCUCUACACAUACAGCGCAUUAAUUAGUAGUUUAGAUAACAUCAAGACAACAGUCGGAUAGUGUGGAAUGAAUGAAUAAAAUCUAUAGGGACUUUCAGUUUCAGAACAUAAAAUGACAUAAUUGCAAUUUAAUUUCUUUGCUCCCUGCAAAUAUGAUGCUCAAAGUAUGGCAUAAUGAGAGGAUUAACUCCUUAUUAAAUAUUAAUUCUAAAA